AUGACAUGCACUGAUUAUAUCCCAAGGUCAUCAAAUGAUUAUACCUCACAAAUGUAUUCUGCAAAGCCAUAUGCACAUAUCCUGUCUGUACCUGUAUCGGAAACAAUGAGCCCAUACCCUGCUCAGACUCAGUAUCAAGCACUACAGCAGUCUCAGCCCUACACCAUCUACCCCCAGACCACCCAGACCUAUGGACUACCUCCUUUCGGUGCACUGUGGCCAGGUAUGAAACCUGAAAGUGGUUUAAUUCAGAAUCCAUCUACAAGUCAGCACAGUGUUCUUACCUGCACGACAGGGUUAACCACAAGCCAGCCCAGUCCAGCACAUUAUUCUUAUUCCAUUGAAGCAUCGACUACCAAUGCCAGUCCAGCCUCUACAUCCUCAACUGUGGUCAAUAUUUCCACAUCAGCAGUAGCCAGCAUCUCACAGGAAUAUCCUACGUACACCAUCCUUGGCCAGAGCCAGUACCAGACGUGUUACCCGAGUUCUGGCUUUGGAGUCGUGACACCAGCCGACAACAACACGGAGAGCACCGCGUUAGCCACAGCCACGUACCCAGCCGAGAAACCCAACGCCAUGGGGCCUACGCGGACAGUGCAGAGACCUUCCUCCGGAGAUGCAUCCACAAGUCCUUCGUUAUCAAGAGCAACAGCAAGUAAAGACUUGGAUGAGCAGGCAAGAAAAAACAUCCCUGGGAAGAACAGGGGGAAGAGGAAAGCAGAUACCUCCUCCUCACAGGACAGCGAACUGGAGCGAGUGUUUCUCUGGGACUUGGAUGAGACCAUCAUCAUCUUCCAUUCACUUCUCACAGGGUCUUAUGCUCAAAAAUAUGGCAAGGAUCCAACUCUGGUGAUUGGCUCGGGUCUGUCAAUGGAGGAGAUGAUUUUUGAAGUAGCUGAUACUCACCUGUUUUUCAAUGACUUGGAGGAAUGUGACCAGGUACACAUAGAAGACGUGGCAUCUGAUGACAAUGGCCAAGAUUUAAGCAACUACAACUUCUCCACGGAUGGCUUCAGCGGCUCGGGAAGUAACACGAAUCACAGCUCCUCGGUUGGUGUCCAGGGCGGAGUGGACUGGAUGAGGAAGCUGGCCUUCCGCUACCGCAGGGUGCGAGAGAUCUACGACAAAUACAAAACCAACGUGGGAGGUCUCCUUAGCCCGCAGAAGAGGGAAGCUCUGCAGAGACUAAGGACUGAUAUAGAAGUGCUAACAGAUUCCUGGCUGGAAACGGCAUUGAAGUCCCUGCUCCUCAUACAGUCCAGAAAAAACUGUGUGAACAUCCUGAUCACCACCACCCAACUGGUGCCAGCGCUUGCCAAAGUUCUCCUGUAUGGAUUGGGCGAGGUGUUUCCCAUCGAAAAUAUUUACAGUGCCACGAAAAUAGGUAAAGAGAGCUGUUUUGAGAGGAUUGUGUCGCGAUUUGGAAAGAAAGUCACCUACGUGGUCAUCGGAGAUGGGCGUGACGAGGAGGUUGCAGCUAAGCAGCACAACAUGCCUUUCUGGAGGAUCACGAACCACGCAGACCUCGUGUCCCUGCACCAAGCCCUCGAGUUGGACUUCCUGUAA